AGGAUGCAAAGGGCAGGAGGUAUGAAUGGAGGGAAGGAAAGAAGAAAUGCCUCGCAGAAUUUUUCUAACACCCAGCAAGUGCUGUUUUUAGAGCUUUUUUUUGUCCACAGACCCUUCUGAGUUUUGAGUGUUGUCUUUCUGGGUGUGGGCAGAGGAAAUGGCUCUGAGGAGCUGUGGAGCAAAGCCUCCCCCUCUGGCACUGCCUGGGAGAGCCCCAUGGGAUGGGGAGAGAACGGGGCAGUCAGGCAAAAGGUUAGGGGAGGAAAGCAAAGGCAGAGGCCCAGAACGGCUCCAGGAAAUGUUUGUAUUUCUCCACCGGGAGGGAGGACAAACAAGCUUUUUUCGUGCCUUCUGAGCAGCUUUGCAUGCUCCCCAGCACAGGAGUCUGAAGAGCAAGAGUGAGGCUGGAAAGAAAAACCAUUCCAGAGCUGGACCCAGCGACGGCUCUAGGGCAUGAAUCUCACUGGACCCACCUGCCGCGCCCCAGAAAUGACCACCUGCGUGUCACAGUCUGGCCGUGCUCCGUGCUUCACCUGCUAGGGAGACAGGUAGCGUGGGACAGCCAGCCGAGAAAGGACCUCCCGGAGUCUCUCGUCUCUUUGGCUGAAGUCCCUGCUCGCCUAGCAGUGGCAGUGUCCACCCACACGUGCAGUCGGGACCUGCAUCCCAGGGUGAAGAAGUCAGAAAACCAGCGGCCGGGUGAGUGGGUAGCAUUCAGGGGAGCAUCUGUGUCUUUGUGGGGACUCCUGGGGCCACCCGGCACGCAGAACACCUGUCCUCUGUCUACCAUGGACAACGGGUCGUGCUGCCUCAUCGAGGGGAACCCCAUCUCCCAGGUGAUGCCACCGUUGCUGAUCCUGGCCUUCGUGCUUGGCGUGCUGGGCAAUGGUGUCGCCCUGUGUGGUUUCUGCUUUCACAUGAAGACCUGGAAGCCGAGCACUAUUUACCUUUUUAACCUAGCUGUGGCUGACUUCCUUCUCAUGAUCUGCCUGCCCUUCCGGACAGACUACUACUGGAGACACAGGCAAUGGGCCUUCGAGGACAUCCCCUGUCGGGUGGCCCUCUUCAUGCUGGCCAUGAACAGGGCUGGGAGCAUCACCUUCCUCACGGUGGUGGCCGUGGACAGGUACUUCAAAGUGGUCCACCCCCACCACGUGGUGAACACCAUUUCCAAUCGGACUGCAGCUGGCAUCGUCUGUGCCCUUUGGACCAUGGUCAUCCUGGGGACUCUCUAUCUUUUGUUGGAGAACCAUCUGUGUGUGCAUGGGAAGACCAUAUCUUGCGAGAGCUUCAUCAUGGAGUCGGCCAACGGCUGGCACGACAUCAUGUUCCAGCUCGAGUUCUUCCUGCCCCUCGGCAUCAUCCUGUUUUGCUCCUUCAAGAUCGUUUGGAGCCUGAAGCAGAGGCGGCAGCUGGCCAGGCAGACUCGGAUGAAGAAGGCUACCCGGUUCAUCAUGGUGGUGGCCGUUGUGUUCGUCACAUGCUACCUGCCCAGCGUGUCGGCCAGACUCUAUUUCCUCUGGACGGUGCCCUCAAGCGCCUGUGACCCCUCGGUCCAUGUAGCCCUCCAUGUCACCCUCAGCUUCACCUACAUGAACAGCAUGCUGGACCCGCUGGUGUAUUAUUUUUCGAGUCCCUCGUUCCCCAAAUUCUACACCAAGCUCAAAAUCUGCAGUUUGAGACCUAAGAGUCCAGGACGCUCCAGGACCCAGAGGUCGGAAGAGAUGCCAAUUUCAAACCUCUGUCGCAAGAGUUGUGUCAGCAUGGCAAAUGGCUUCCAGAGCCAACCCGACGUGCAGUAGGAUCUCCAACUGUGCGGAAUGGCGCUGAAACAGGCAGACAAAACCAAGGAGGACAGACUGAUGACCUAGAAAUAUUUCGUGCUAAGGGGGUGAGAGGCUUUGAAAAUGCUGCCCUUCCUUGGCUGUAUCCUCCUCACUUUGUCUGGAAACGGAAUUCAGGUUACUAUGCCUUUUUGGGAGGUUCCAGCUGAGAAGUGAGUCAGUUGCCUUUCUGUGACCUGAUUACAAUGAUGGGACAAGACGUGCAUGAAAUGGGGCUUGUGUGUAUUGGAUGGGGCCAUGGGAAGAGCCCGGCUCCUGUGUAGUUUUAAACGGCUGAGGAAAUAGGCAUCAAUGUGUAAACCAGUCAUGUUCUUUCUCCGGGGGAGUCGGUGAACUUAAUGACAGCAGUAUUUCCCAUCCUCUGACCUUAAGUUGUUACUUGUUUUGGAAAGCAGACACCAGAGUAAGUCAAUAGCUUUAUUUCAGGCUGAGUGAGGCUCUUUAGAGGGGAUGUCUUGAUCCUGAUGAUUGUCAUCUUCACAGGGUCCCUGUGCGGUAUGGUUCUGAUUUCUCAGUAGCCCAAGAAGAACGGCAGGAAAACAAUCUGCUCUUCUCGGAGCUCCGGUUUUUCUGCAAGUCUUUGCAUUUCAGAAGAGGUGCUGGGGGCUGUGCUUACCUGCCCUGAUUUUUCCAGUGGGAGCUGAGAGCUUGGAAAAAAUCCUGUUGGCCUUUGGGAAGUGCUGAGUCCAGUAUGAUUGCUUUUGACCGCUUGUUAUGUGACUAUGAGUUGAGAUUAUUUAUUCAUUCAUUCUCCAAGUAUCUGCUGCAUGUUUAUUCUGUGCUGGGCACUGUGCUAGCAUCCCUUUUACCUGGAGGGUCCUUAGUCAAUUCCUGUGUGACAGCAAAGUAUUUGGGGGGAGGGCAAACAGAGAGGUUAAUACUCUCACCCCCUCAGUGAAUAUAGUUUCUAGACCUGUUCAUGGCAAACAUCAGUAUAUUCCUCUUGUUUCAGGCUUCUGUACAAACACCAAAGGGUGGAAAAGUUAAUGUCCCUUACGCACAUGAAUUUCCCACACAUAUACCUGGGGCCCUCAAAACUGGAUGAUUCUAUGGAAUGAUAGGCUGCCUCUGCCCUGUAUUGAGGGGGAAGGAGUCCAAGCCAACCUUAGCUCUGUUCUCAAGCCACAAGAGUGCUGAAAAUCAUUCUUGGCUCUUUUGUUUACACUUUCUCAAAUAUCCAGGGUACUCUCUGCACCAGAUGACCUUCCGAGUUUUUAGUUCUUUGGGCCUCGAAACACCCCUAUCGGCUGUCUUUUCUUUCUUUCUUUCUUUCUUUUUUUUUUUUAAGAUUUUAUUUAUUUGUUUGACACAGAGAGACAGCGAGAGAGGGAACACAAGCAGGGGGAGUGGGGGAGGGAGAAGCAGGCUUCCC